CUUCCAUUUUGAGUGGCUCUAAACAUUCUUCAACAAAAUCCACGUAUGAUGAUCCUGCGUUCGUAGAUCCUCAAUAGGACAGCUUCCCCACUGACACACCAUGUCGAAGUCCCCAGUAACUCCUCAGUAUGUGGACGUACACAUGCCCCCUCCGUCUUAUGAGGAGGUGAUGGGGCAUCAAGCUCUCUCCUCGGUGAAGGCUGAUGUGCCCCGGGAGGAACUCCCUCCGCUAGCCUACAUAGACAUCAUGCCGAGGUGUCUUCAUCCGGGGAACAUGAGGAAAAAGGUUCCGCCAGAAUACGACAGAUUUAGUACUCUGAUGGGAGCAGCUAAUUACUGGCUCCGAGCAAACCUCAGUUACGGCGUGUGGAAGUGUGAGACAGUAGAACGGAAGGUAGAAAACAACGGAGAGAUAAUUAUGGAUAAGAUGAUAUGUCACGAGUCCACCUAUGGCUUCAACGUCCUCAUUAGAGGGCUAAGGUUAUGGUUAUACGUUAAAGACCCCUCCACACCACCACAGCAACUAGGACUUCUAAACAAAGUCCCAGAAACCACUCAGGUGAACCUCACAGCUGGCCAGGUGUAUCACCCAUUUACUGGGUUUGUCAUAGGGCAUCCAUUAUUUCUACAAAUGUACGGCUAUUCCAUGACCACAUAUCAGGGGUUUCGAGAAACCCUACACAGCUUAAAUGAAGAUUUAAAGAAACAACCACUGCAAGGUUCUAUUCUGAAUGUUGAGAGUGCCACACUUAAGGUAUCAGAGGGACUGGAAAAAGCGGUCAUUGAUUCUGAUAAUACUGUGUGUCAUGAGAAUGGCGGGAAAAUGAAGCGGUACACACAAAUUAUACGUGUCUUCUACGUCAUCGGGGAACCUGCAAAUGAAACCAUAGGUAUGAAAGAAUUUAUCCCGAGCAUUACAAAACCACCGGAUAUAGCUACUCACGCACAGUUUCAGAAUUUCGAAGAAAUCAUGACAAAAUUCAAUAAAUGGUUGCCACAUCAGACUGGUAUAAAGUUGGUCAACAUUCAGUUACAUGAAGUACGUUAUACAGAGAAACUUGGACAACUUGAGAUCCUCUCGGAUCUGACAGACGACUUUGACGAUGGAAUGUCAGACAGGUCAUUUCUCCAAACACUCCGGGUAUUUUACGUGACAGCGCCCAGCACUGCACCCCCACAACAAAUCAGCUUCAUUACGUCACGGUUAUUCCUUCCGGUCAGGACAGGAGAGAGGUCAUUUGAAUCAAUGUCACAGACCAUGUUCCGUAUUGAAGCGUGGCUUAGAGUCACAGGUAUUCCUGCAUAUAAAGUGGAAACCGUCAAGUUUCUGUAUCGAGAACCACUGAAGUUAGGAGUAGAUGCUACAAGGACGUACUAUACAGCCUUCAAAGGAGUAGGAAAGUAUUACGUCACAGCGGUCAGGGUUUACUUUCUUAAUCCGUACCAGGAGCCCCACCCGUGUUAUCUUCCUCCUGCCUUCCCCUGGGACCCCUCCAUGAAACCGUCGUCUACCUGUACGAUCCAGUAAAGCAAGGCUGUCAUGACUUUAACUUAUCUGCCAACUAAAUUACUGUACUUAAUUUGCAUCUUAUGAAAGAAAGAUGCAUAGACGGUAUCAAAUGUUGAGCGUGGGACUUUCUUCGACAAUAAUGUUUUUUUUUUCUUUUUAUCAGAUUCAAAGGUAUUCACUGAAUAUCUCUGACUAAGAUAAAUCAUUAUGCAAACAUUCUCCACAGUUUUAAAUUUUUUAGAAAUAAUUAUUUCAAAUGUUCAUAUGAGGAAUAACAAUUGCAUUAAUUUAUCUCUUAUUUAUUGAAACUGUAGUGUUUUUAUUAGAGAGAGAGAGAGAGAGAAUCUUUACGGUGCUGCAUAAUACAACAAUUUCUUUAUAUGAUAAAAUACUCUACAUACAGAUGGAUAAACUGCGUUUUCUGUCUUUGACGUGUACAUGUUUAAUGAACAAAAACGAAUUAUGUAUAAUCAAUAUGUUGAUGAAUUAUUUACAAAUAUA